GCGGUUGCGCCGAUCCGUAACUGCAACUGGAGCGGUAGCGUUCGGAGGAGACGCGAAACUGGAUGGCUUCUACAGGGAGCCAGGCCUCUGAUAUAGACGAGAUUUUUGGAUUCUUCAGUGAUGGCGCACCCCCCACCAAAAAGCCAAGGAAGCUCCUUCCAAGCUUAAAGACUAAGAAACCCCGAGAACUUGUGUUGGUGAUUGGAACAGGCGUUAGUGCUGCAGUUGCACCUCAGGUUCCAGCCCUCAAGUCCUGGAAGGGGCUAAUUCAGGCCUUAGUGAAUGCUGCCAUUGAUUUUGAUCUUCUAGAAGAUGAGGAGAGCAAAAAAUUUCAGAAAUGUCUCCAUGAAAACAAGAACCUUGUCCAUGUUGGUCAUGACCUUAUCCAGAAACUCUCUCCUCGUACCAGUAAUGUUCGAUCCACGUUUUUCAAGGACUGUUUAUAUGAAGUAUUUGAUGACUUGGAGUCAAAGAUGGAAGAUUCUGGAAAACAACUACUUCAUUCAGUUCUUCACCUGAUGGAAAAUGGAGCCCUAGUAUUAACUACUAAUUUUGAUAAUCUUCUGGAACUAUAUGCAGCAGAUCAGGGAAAGCAACUUGAAUCCCUUGACCUUACUGAUCAGAAAAAGGUUCUAGAGUGGGCUCAGGAGAAGCGGAAGCUGAGUAUAUUUCAUAUCCAUGGGGUCUACACCAACCCUAGUGGCAUUGUGCUUCAUCCAGCUGGAUAUCAGAACGUGCUCAGGAACACCGAAGUUAUGAGAGAGAUUCAGAAACUCUACGAAAACAAGUCAUUCCUUUUCCUGGGUUGUGGCUGGACUGUGAAUGACACUACUUUCCAGGCCCUUUGCCUGGAGGCUGUAAAGCAUAAAUCCAUCUUGGAGCAUUUCAUGCUGGUUCGGAGAGGAGACAUAGACGAGUUCAACAGCCUUCGAGAAAACAUGCUGGACAGGGGGAUUAAAGUCAUCUCCUAUGGAAAUGACUAUGCUGAUCUUCCAGAGUAUUUCAAGAGACUGACAUGUGAGAUCUCCACGAGAGGUAGAUCAGGGAUGGUGAGAGAAGGUCAGCUAAAUGGCUCAUCUGCAGCACACAGUGAAAUAAGAGGCUGUACGGUACAUGAACAGGCUGGAGAAAUCACCAUCAUCAGACCAAGCUAUAAGGCCCUACCAUGGACAGUGUUUAACAAGUAAACUUAAAAGAACCCAACACAGCUCCCAGGCCAACACAUAGAGGUUGAAGGGUGGGGGUAGAGUAGGAGGGAAAUGUUCCAACUUAAUCCUUCAAGCUGUCUGGUUCUUGAUAUUCUGCUGCCUGUUCCAGUUCAAGACUACUCAAGUGACAAGGGGACCCAAAUGCAGCCUACACCCUACCCCCCCAGCUGGACAUGCUUGUGUCCACACAGCAAAUCAAUGUGAUACCUCCAUUGAUUGUGACUGCAGCUCUGCAUAAAGGACUUGGGGAUCCAGAUGCCAUGAAACGACCUUGGCUCCUGUUGCAGUUUUGUACUCUAUACUUGGUUUUUCAAUUAAGUUAAUAGCUUUUUAAAAAAUGACUUGAAGCUCUAGUUUUCUAGAUCUUUUACAGUGUACAGUAUUUUACAUAACUGAGCUGUAUUAAAAGCUUGUUCAUUUA